AUGGAGAAGAUCUUUGAGGCUCUUCACACUCCGGAUGCGGAGAAGGUGAACUUGGCUACCUUUAUGCUGAAAGAUGACGCUGAGUAUCGGUGGAGGAGCGCAAAACAGCUGAUGACUGCUAACCAUGUUGCUAUUACUUGGGAGUCUUUCAAAAGGGCUUUCAUGGAGAAGUACUUCCCGGAGACUGUCGGGGAAGACAUGGAAAAUCAAAUCCUUAGCUUGAGACAGGUAAUGAUGACAGUGGGGCAAUAUGCUGCUAGAUUGGAGACACUAUCAAAGCACUUUCGCUUCUUCCAAGUGCAAGUAGAUGAAGCGUACCUGUGCAAUCGGUUCAUGAGGGGGCUGAGGAAUGAUAUAGAGGAGUCUGUGAGACCGUUGGGAAUCAUAUUUUUCCAUCAAUUGGUGGAGAAAGCUCAUGAAGUUGAAACAAUGAAGAAUCGCCAGAGGGGCAAAUAUGAAAGUGGGGGACCGAUCCGUUCUGGACAGAGACAGACCGGGAGGGGUGGAGCAGCUAUUCCUAAGGAGGAUGUUGUCUGUUUCAAAUGCAACCAGAAAGGGCACUAUGCAAAUGAGUGCGGAAAGGAGAUUGUGUGCUGGAAGUGCCAGAAGCCAGGGCAUGUCGAGAGAAACUGUCCUAAUGCUGCCAAGGCCGAGCCAGUGCUGAAUACUGCUAUAGGAAGGCGACCUUCUGCUCCAGGGCGUGUGUUCGCAAUAUCUUGGGAACAAGCUGCAGUUACUGAUGAUCUUAUCCAGGGUACGUGUACUAUCGCUGGAAACUUCUUAAUGGUCUUAUUUGAUUCUGGUGCUACACACUCGUUCAUUGCUGAGGAGUAUGUGAAGAGAUUAGGAUUGCUAACUGCUGAUUUGCCCUUCGAUUUGUAUCACAUUCUCUUGGAUUGUGCUAAUAAGGCCGUAGUGUUUCCAGAUUCAGGCGUCACGAAUUACUUGAAUUCGUACACCUUGAGGAAGGGUUCACCAGCAUUCGUGAACUCCAUUGUAGCUGAGGCGAAGAAUGACGGCGACGUGCGCAACAUCUUGAUAGUGCAUGAUUAUGUGGAUGUGUUUCCAUAA